CUCCCCUCCGCUCCGAUUCAUCCGAUCCGACGAAGCCGGCCGCAUCUCCGGCGAGGAGGCGGCAGCGCCGAACAGCCCACCUGUAUCUUCUGUGGCUCGGCCGGUAUCUCUGGCUUCUCCGCUGAUCUGUCCCCCCCUCGCUAGCUCGCCUCUCCCCUGCCGUCCCAGCUACCCCCACCGCGUCGCCGGCGCGAGGCGGUGAAGGUUCCGGGGGGAUUGUGGGAGCGGUGGGGAUAGUAAGCUAUGGGUUCGGUGGAUCUGAUCGCCGCCUGCGUCGACGCCAUCCGCCAGAUUGGAGAUGAGAUUGCAGAUGCACUAGUGUACCUUGAUGCAGGCACUCUGGAGGCGUUUCAGUUUAUAGGAGCUUUCCCCUUGCUUCUUGAGCUUGGUGCUCGCGCAAUAUGCAGCUUGGAAAAUGCAUCUCCGCUUGAUAGUGCUGCUGACUGGCAUUCAAGUUUUGCACAUCCAGCAAGGAAGAUUGUAGUGAUUACAUCACGCCUGCUUAGUGAUGCUCAUCGGUAUAUUUUGCGUUGCCUGGGAAACCAUGGAACUAUUUCACACUGUACUGUGUUGACAGCUAUUUCUGAGGUUGGUCACUCAGCAUAUGUAGAUUCCCCACUUGGACCAGAUGCCUUCCGAGAGUACGAGACAUUACUCACUCAGGAUCAUGAGGAACUUCUGAAGAAGUAUGAAAAGUCAGAUGAGCAUAAAGAUACCGUUCCUUACACUGAGAAAGAUUUCACCUCGGAUGGUGAUAGAUACUCCAAUUGGGAAUCUGGGGUGCAUUAUGGCUCUAAUUCUGAAUCUAGCCCAACAAAAAAGGAUUUGUUUGGCGAUGAGUCAAGCCAGCUAGAAACUAAAGGGAAAAGGUUAUCUGUAACUGUAUGUCACUUUCCAAUGAUUUUCUCUCCUAUUUCUUCUAGGACUUUUGUUUUGCCAUCUGAAGGCACAAUGGCUGAAUCAUGUUUAUCAAAUAAUCAUGAAGAUUCACUUAGUCCUGGGCUACCUCCUAUUUCUACUGGUAGAUCUUUUGAUGGCGAUGAGAUUCCCCCUGGAGUAACAUUGACUGCUCAGUUCCUCUAUCACUUGGCCAGUAAGAUGGACCUAAAACUCGAUAUAUUUUCACUUGGAGAUACAUCAAAGGUAAUUGGGAAACUGAUGAUGGAUAUGUCAAGUCUAUAUGAUGUUGGUCGUAAUAAGAGAUCUGCUGGCCUGCUGAUCGUAGAUCGUACACUUGAUCUCCUUACUCCUUGCUUCCAUGGUGACUCAUUUCUUGAUAGGAUGCUGUCCUCCUUGCCACGCAAGGAAGGGGCUUCAUCCUAUCUUGUGGCCAAAAAUCCACAAACUCCAAGCAAGCAUUCUCCAGCUACUGUUAAACGCAUCCCACUAGAUGUAAAGGUGCCUUUUGAAAAAGUUUUCAGCAAGGAAGAUCCUAACAGUAGGACCAGUAUGUUACCCGAAAGUAUCAUGUCAUUUAUGUCUGGAUGGAACUCUCCUGAAGUUGACUCUGAAGUUACCUGGCUACCUGAUUAUGCAGAUAAAGCACAUGAUGACAAACUCAGCUGUCAACAUGGUAGUUUAAGUGGUUCAUUGCUAUCCAAUUAUGCUGGAGUGCGCUACUUAGAAUCGUUACUAGACAGAGGUGCAAAAGAUGGGUUAAUGCUGAUUAAGAAAUGGCUUAUGGAAGCUUUACAGAAUGAGAAGUUAUCCUUUCCAUCUAAAGGUCGGCAAGGAGUGCCUUCUGUCUCAGAGCUUCAUUCUAUGGUUCAAAUGCUCUCAAGAGACCAGUUAUCCUUGGUAAGAAACAGAGGGGUUAUCCAAUUAGCACUGGCUGCUGAAAUGACUCUCUGGGAUCCUCAAAGUUCUCACUGGGAUGCCUUUACAAGUGCAGAGAGAAUAUUAGGUGUAACAUCUGCAGAGUCAACUCAAAGUCUUGCUAGUGAGCUUCGUGAUUUUAUCAACACUAGUACUUCAGUGGAAUCUCACAAGCAAGCUAAUAAAAUGGAGGUCUCGCAGGGUCUUCUAAGUUUUCAGGAUGUUUUACUUCUAACAAUUAUCGGGUAUAUCUUGGCUGGUGAAAAUUUUCCUACAUCAAUUGCUGGUGGUCCAUUCUCAUGGGAAGAUGAGCGGUCUUUGAAAGAUAUUGUGGUGGACUCUAUUCUUGACAGACCAUCAUUCGUGAAGCUCCGGUUCCUUGUUGGCUUGGAGAAUGAACUUGAAGCUAAAGCUAGACCUAAAGUUGGUGACAAAAGUAAUGACUCCAUCGAACCUUCUAAGACUACUGAUGAUUUUGAUGACCAAUGGGAUAACUGGGAUGACGAUGAUAAUACUGAUGAUCAAAAGGAGGAAGCUUAUGGGGACAUGCAACUUAAGUUAGAGGUACGAGACAGAGUUGACCAACUUUUUAAGUUCUUUCACAAUUUGUCCAGUAUGAGGUUAAGGAACCAAACUCUUGGAGAAGGGCUAGCAGCACUGAGCAGAUUUGAGACUGACAUCUACUCAAGAAAAGGCUUGCUCUAUAAGUUGCUAUUAGCUGUCUUGGCAAGGUAUGACAUUCCUGGCCUCGAAUAUCACUCGUCGGCCGUAGGACGCUUAUUCAAAAGUGGACUGGGGAGGUUUGGGCUAGGACAGUCUAAACCAAGCUUUGGCGAUCAAAGCAUUCUCAUCGUUUUUGUUGUCGGAGGCAUCAAUGCCCUUGAGGUCCGGGAAGUCAUGAAGGCAAUAUCAGAGAGCAGCAGACCUGAUGUGGAGCUUAUUUUGGGUGGAACAACCCUUCUCACCCCAGAUGACAUGUUUGAGUUGAUGUUGGGCUCAUCCAGCUUUAAUUAGACUUAAGCCUAAGAACUGAGAAGCUCAGUCCACUUGACAAAAUGCAUCUGACUUCGAACCCACUUGAUUGAUUCAGGACAGUUCUCCGGAAGUUAUUGUUCCAAACGUGGUAGUUCAGAUACUGAACUUUAAAGAUUGUUCUGAUGAUACCAACGGCAAAAGCAUAAGCAAUUUAUAUGCUCUGCAGGUUUUCAGUCACAAGUUCACAACAAACCACACCGGUACUGUUUGUCUUUUAUAGGACAGCAUCAUUGAAAACAGUGACUUUUGAGAAUCAUCUUGUGGACAUUCAUACUUGUGCUGGAAGGUUGGAGCCUACUGCUUUGGGUCAGUCACUGUAUUUCGAGGUGAAGUCAAUAUGAAGUGACCCUGCUGACUACACAGUAAACACCCAAAACAUGGUGUAAUUUCUGUCUUCUGUUGCCUCCUAGAACUCCUCACCCGUUCAGAAAGCAUAUGUAAAUUUAAUUUAAUCGGUGUAAAUGUUUGCUGAUGAUUUGGAAAUCUCUGGUGAAACUGUCAAAUUAGGCUCAGGGUUGUAACUGAAAAAAAAGAUCUCAUUGCUCUGUUCAGUGACUUGAAGUGUACAUUACAUGUACUAUAUUGUGAUUAAUAUCGCAAUCGCCAAAAAUGGCAAAUAAAAUCAGGAAUAAUUUGUUACAUUCCAGAAAAGAAAUACACAUAUAAUA